AUGGGUGCCUCAUCCUCCAAAGUCGCCAGAGCCUCUGGCUCUGCAGCUCGUCGGAGAUACCCAUCCACGCCUACCAUGCUCAACUCCGGCACUGUGCCUUCACCAGAGGACGCACCCAUCAAGCCCACCCCCGCGGCGUCAGUCAGACCCAACGUCAACGCCGCCCCUCCCUCAGAUCAGAAGGCACAGCACGUCGAGCUUGACGCGCGAGAUCCGCAAUUCGGCUCUGCGCUACGUCAAGUCGGCGCCGCAAGACCCAUCACGGAAAGAAAACCCAAUGAAGAGUAUUUCCCUACCUCAAGCCAGCCUAUGCACUCUGGCCCGAACAUCUUCCCGUCACAGCCAAACAAUCCUGCUGUGUUGCUUGUCCAAGCACGACAGAGGAUCCUACGACAAUGGGAGUCCGAGCUGGAAGAUCAAGGGCGACGGAGCUUUGCUGGCAGAACGCUCAUGAGCGCGCAAGAGAUUAGACAGGCCCUGACUUCGAGAGAUGACGCGGGAAGACCGUCGAACGAGGUGGAGAAACAAAUGAGGCUCAAGCCGGGUGUGCUGGAUCAAUUGGUGGCUAAGGGUGUUGUGGCGAAUGUCUGA